AUGUAUGAGAGUGUGGACGUCGUGGGACUGAAUCCCAGCCCGAACCCGUUUUUAAUGAUGGAUUACUACAACCAGAGCAGAGGAUGUUUGAUCCCGGAGAAAGGACUUGUGCCCGGAGUGCCCCAUCCCUACAGCUCGUCCAUCAGAAACCAACACUGGAACGGCUCAAAUCACUCUAUAGAGACGCAGAGUACCAGCUCAGAGGAGAUAGUGCCGAGCCCGCCGUCGCCCCCUCCUCCCCCGCGGGUCUACAAGCCCUGCUUCGUGUGCCAAGACAAGUCCUCAGGAUACCACUAUGGAGUCAGCGCCUGUGAAGGCUGCAAGGGCUUCUUUCGGAGGAGCAUCCAGAAGAACAUGGUGUACACGUGUCACCGGGAGAAGAACUGCAUCAUCAACAAGGUCACCAGGAACCGCUGCCAGUACUGCCGGCUGCAGAAAUGCCUGGAAGUGGGCAUGUCCAAGGAGUCUCCUCGCUCCAGCUCCAAAGGCGGGAUGGCGUUGGGCCCCCAGCCGCCGCCCCCACCCUUGGAGACCGGGAGGGGACAGACUGGGGCGCCAGGGGCGGACAGGGCAGCUCCCCCGGCGGUGAGGAACGACCGGAACAAGAAGAAGAAGGAUGAGAAGAAGCCGGAGUGUACUGAGAGCUACGUGCUGAGCACUGAGACGGAGCAGAUGAUCAACAGGGUCAGCAAGGCGCAUAAGGAGACCUUCCCUUCCCUCUGCCAGCUGGGCAAAUACACUACGAGUAACAGCUCGGAGCGGCGUGUGGCUUUGGACGUGAACCUGUGGGACAAAUUCAGCGAGCUGUCCACCAAGUGUAUCAUCAAGACGGUGGAGUUUGCCAAGCAGCUGCCCGGCUUCACCACGCUCACCAUCGCUGACCAGAUCACCCUGCUCAAGGCCGCCUGUCUGGACAUACUGAUUCUGCGGAUCUGCACGCGCUACACACCGGAGCAGGACACCAUGACGUUCUCGGACGGCCUGACACUAAACCGGACCCAGAUGCACAAUGCCGGCUUCGGACCGCUCACCGACCUGGUGUUCGCCUUCGCCAACCAGCUCCUCCCCCUGGAGAUGGACGACGCCGAGACGGGGCUGCUCAGCGCCAUCUGUCUGCUGUGUGGAGAUCGGCAGGACCUGGAACAGGCAGACAAGGUGGACGUACUACAGGAGCCCCUACUGGAGGCUUUGAAGAUCUACGUGAGGAAGAGGAGGCCUCACAAACCACACAUGUUUCCCAAGAUGCUGAUGAAGAUCACCGACCUGAGGAGCAUCAGUGCCAAAGGAGCCGAGCGUGUCAUCACCCUGAAGAUGGAGAUCCCGGGCUCCAUGCCCCCUCUCAUCCAGGAGAUGCUGGAGAAUUCUGAGGGUCUGGAGAGUGGGGCCACAGGCUCCCGGACCAGUGGGGCCCUCCCAGGCAGCUGCAGCCCCAGCCUAUCCCCAAGUUCCGCCCAAAGCAGCCCCAGCCCCACCACGCAGUCACCGUAGCAAGCCGCCCUCUUUUUCUCUCAUCCCCCUCUUUCUCCCUGUGGUUGGGGCAUCCUCAAUGGACACAGAGACUGGCGUGUUCUUGAGUGUUCCUCCCUAUGUGCGAUACACCCUCUCCUGCUCCACCCCCUCAAAGACACUGUCUGGAAAAUGGCGGACGGGCGGUGGUGUGAUUUCUCCGUUUUCUGGAACACUGCUGAUAUCUCCUCUGUCGCUCACCUCACCCUUCCCUCUCUCUCUCUCUCUCCACCUGAAAGACUGAGGGAAGGAAUCGAAAGGAGCAGUCAGAGCUGUGGACACUGGUCCACUCAGAGGGGCUGGCGGGAAAGGGGGAGACAGACAGACAAACGGACAGGACAAGCAGACAGACUAACACCAGACACUUUUCUCGUUUCUCCAAGGCGGACUGCAGGCAUGGACUUGUCGAAGAAGACCCCACAUAAAAAGACUGGGUCGUUCUCCUUUUCCAUCUUUGAAAAACAGAUUUCGUACAAAAUAUAUAUAUAGAAAAGUAAGAAACUGUUGUGAUUGAAUUCUUCUUGAUGGAAUAACAGGUUGAGAAGAAAAACAACUUUUUUGUGUGUUUUAAUUGUUCCAUUGUUUUAUCACAUACUGAUGAUGUUUUAAUUAACAAAAGUAAAGAAGUUAAAAUUUACUUUUUCAAUUUAAAGACAUACACACGCAAAUGUGCACAGAAUAGAGUUGCGAUAAAUAUCAAAAUAUUCCAGGUUGGGUUUGCUUUUUCUCUCCUUUUUCUUUUCUGCUKCAAAGAGAAUUGGAAAAAAUGAUUGUAUGAGCUUGGAUGUAUGAUAUGGUCACAGGUCCUUCAAGAAAUCAAAUGAAUGAAGUUAAGGUGUAUUUUAAGUAGCCUUUGAGUUCAUGUAUAUAAGCUGUAUUCAUUUCUUAAAAAAAAAAAAAAACUACGGAUACCUUUUACGUGUUUUGUUCGUAUGUUUCUGUUUGAAGAAAAAUAUAUUUUAAGCACAUUUUCCUGAAGGAGGGACAUGUCCAUAGAAAUCACUAUUGUUCUUAAAAACGGCAGCCACAAUUUAGUUUACUCUCACCCAUUAAAUUACAACAUAGAUUCCCAUGAAUACGAAAAAGAAAACCAAAGCACUCAUAUUGGGGCUUUUUGGUGAUUGGUAGCUGAAGAAAGAUGUGGAUUUGGGGAGUUGGAGGGUUGAGCGCCAGGUGCUGGGUUCAUCCAGCUAGGCACAGAGACUAGACACAGCAUGGUUCCCAAAUGGAUUACAAUGUGAAGGAUGGAGUACAGUACACUGUAUUUUCAAGACAAGUGAUUCCUAUAAGAAUCUAAAAAAUGGUAUGUGGGGGAGGGUAACUUGAGUGAUCUAGUGUCCCCUAUUGAUGGUGAAGGAAGUUGGCCUUGUUGACUAUGCUCUCACGGAUACACCAACAACCUGGGUCGUAUUCAUUAGGCAUGAAAAAUAUAAAAAAUAAGUGAUUGACACAGGGAGAGUCUACCCCCCCCCCCCCCCCCUUGUAAAAUGUUUUGCAGUGUGCACUAAUGAAUGUGACCCCGUUUUGGGAAACGGGACCUUUGAACUUUGCCUCAAAGCAAUACCACCUGUGAUUCUUCAUAGAAGCCCAACAUCACCACUGAGCCUAGUUUUUGAUUCUCACACGCAGCUCGCUCAAACAUUCAGCACUGUACACAAACACAUAUCGAUGUCUCAGGAAGGAAUCAUUCUAUAUGCUUUGCUUGUUCUUUGUAAGAGUUUCCACUGUGCUGCACCCUACUGCCAAUCACACACACUGACACACAUAUGCAUGCUACUGAGCCCUUGAAUUCUACAACUCUACAAUCACUCAUCUCUGCUAGGCCAGUACUUUGCAGAGAGACUGGUCUGAACAACAAGAGCUAUGAAGAGGAUGUCAAUAUGGAUUCUGUUGGAAUCAUAAAUGUGUUCAUUUUUUUCAUUUAUUUGUACGGUCAAAGCUGCUUUUUUUUCCUCAAUUAGGACAACACCUGUCCACAACAGCGCACAAGCCUCUCUCCCCAGCGAAUCUGGAUUAGCAACACAAACCCCUCGAUUUGAGAAGUAUGGAAUAUGUUGCAAUCUUUUUCAAAAUUCAUCAGGCAACUUAAAAUAAAAACAUUUCAGAAUA